AUGAAAUCACGUCUAGGUAAUCUCAGGCUUUACAAGUUUGAUGUGCCUUCUGAGUCUGAUGUCGGAGUUAUGAUAAUAAGCUUUGGAGGUGUACACCUGUGUGAACGGUUUCAGUUGACGCGAUGCACAGGAAGAGGACGAGGAAGAGGUUCAAAAGCUGGAUUGUCCAAAUCAUUCGUAGAUUCGCUGCAUUGGUCUUUCAUGGCGCAACAUCGGUCCAACAUAACUAAUCAGAUCUUCGACUACAUUGUCUCCAAUUUUUCGUUCAAGGAUCUUGAUGUCGUACCUCCCGCGUGUCCUGUCCUCGUCUUUCACUUUCAAAUUAUAGGGCUUAGUCAAUAUCAAGUCAAUGAGAAUGACAUCACAACUCUUGUUUUGUCCACAUUGAGAACUAGAGAUUCUGUUCUGAGCGUUGAAGAUGCAAUAGCCAGACUCGUACCAAUCGUUGCACCUACAACUGAGAUCGUAGAUUGUUACCAAAGUCCGGAAUUGUGUCCUCUAUGUGAAAAAGGGUAUCCGAAAGAAGACGAGAUUGUUCAUAAAACAAAAUGCAGUCACAUCUUUCACGCAACUUGUAUCUCUCGUUACUUGUUGCACACUCCUCGAUGCCCAGCUUGCUCCCUUGAGUUGCCACCUGUCGACAUGAGGACUCUUCUCUUCUUGUAAGACAAUUAUCUACUAUGUCCAAGACAAUAUUCGAUUGAAUUCGUCUAUCCAAGUUUUUGAUUUUACUGUUCCUUGUUUUUUUUUUAUCAAAAACAAGUGUGAUAAAACAUAACCAAGUCCUUCACUAGCAUGGUUUAUUAUGAUGAAGACCACCGUAUUUACUUCUG